UACCCAUUAAGGAGUUCCAAUUCUUUUGGGUAUUUGUUUUGGUUUUUGAGUGGUUUGGAAUUGGGUAUGACCAAGUUGAGGAUUUGAGUUGACUUUUGUGUUCUCGAGGGUAUCCAACUGGUGAUUUGGUGGCGUUCCUAUUGGUGUUUGUAGCUAGUGGCUGUUACAGAUUUUAUAUAUUUUCCUUGCAGGAUCUUUGAUAUUAAAACAAUUGUUUGAAUUAAUUUGGAGAAGACCCAGUUCAGGACCAUAGCAGGUCUUUGUGAUAAUUUGGUGAUUCGUUGGAAUUUAGAGUUUGUACUCUGAUUAACCGAUUGAUAAUUUGGUGAAAUCUUUGUCUUGGGAGGACCACAAAUAAGUAUUUAGGUGGGCUAUUGAACUCAGAUAGAAAAUUCCCCUGAGGUUUGUGGAUAGAUUAGGUUGGAAGUUGGUGAUUCUCCAAAGAUGGCUGGGGUGCAAGAUCAGUUAGAGAUCAAGUUUCGAUUGACUGAUGGAUCUGAUAUUGGUCCCAAAACCUUUGCUGCUGCUACAAGUGUUGCAACCUUGAAGGAGAGUAUUCUCGCUCAAUGGCCAAAAGAGAAGGAGAAUGGUCCAAGGACAGUGAAAGAUGUCAAGUUAAUCAGUGCAGGAAAAAUAUUGGAGAACAACAGAACUGUAGGGGAAUGCCAGAGCCCCCUGUGUGAUAUCCCCGGUGGCGUUACAACCAUGCAUGUAAUUGUUCAACCAUCUUCCUUGGAUAAAGAAAAGAAAUCAACUAGCCAAUCAAACCAGAACAAAUGUGUUUGUGUUAUAUUAUAACAAAAGUUCCACGAUCUUGGAUGGCAAGGUAAAGAAUUUGGAGAUGGUUUAGAUAGCAAUUGCUUAUAUUGAUGAGAGACAGUGGCAUCAUGCACAUUUAUCUUAGGUCAUCUUUUGGCGCCAUUCUUUGCCUUCAUCAUAUAGCCGUGCUUCAAUCCAUUUUUUAUAUCGUGAUUAAUGUUAAGCUUUAUUUUUACUUGGUUUGUAUGCUACUGGAUCUCUGAUUUAUAUGUUGAAAAUUACUGGUAGUUGCAUAUUAUCAUAUUUUCAUUUAAAACUUGUGUCAUGUUGUCUUUUAUCAUUCAUAGUUGCACAAUUCAAAUGUAUUCCAAGUCAUGUCCAUGGUCAUUAUUUUACCAAGUUGAAAGUUGAAGCACUGAAAGCUACCAACUGAGUGGUGACAUGCAAUAAAAUUCUUGGCUUGUACUGGACAAAUAUAUUUAUAUGCAUUUGAAUAUUGAGGGAAAUUUAGUCCGAA